CAAUUUUUAUUUAUAUAAUAAUUUCUCCAUGGGAAUGCUCUGAGCAAAUGAGCAAAAAAUUACAACACAUUCCGAUAAACGUUCAGAACUUCUGAGUGGUCUGUACUUUUUGUUCCAUCAAAAGCACAGCACCUUAUCAUUUUAAUUCACUGCUUUUUCUCCCUCUGCCAUAUAAACCAUAUCAGUACAAUAGGACCGAUGCACAACAAAGAACCUGAAAUAUGGAGGCAGUUCUGGCAGCAAACCCAGUCAUCAAAGUCGUCGCUCUUUCUGGCUCUCUUCGCAAAGCAUCCUAUAACCGUGGCCUCAUUCGUGCAGCAAUGGAAUUAAGCAAGGAGUCAGUGAAUGGUCUUCAAAUCGAUUACAUUGACAUAUCACCUUUGCCUAUGCUCAAUACCGAUCUUGAAGGAGCCGAUGGUUCUUUCCCACCCGUCGUUGAAGCUUUCCGCGAAAAGAUUCUUGAAGCCGAUAGCGUCCUUUUCGCUUCCCCUGAGUAUAAUUACUCUGUAACUGCACCUUUGAAGAAUGCAAUUGACUGGGCAUCCAGACCACCAAAUUGCUGGGCUGAUAAAGCUGCUGCCAUUGUAAGUGCUGGAGGAAGUUUUGGUGGAGGGCGAUCACAGUACCAUCUUCGCCAAAUUGGAGUUUAUCUUGAUCUUCAUUUCAUCAACAAACCUGAGUUUUUCUUGAACGCAUUUGCACCUCCUGCAAAAUUUGAUAGCGAUGGCAACUUGAUUGAUCCACAAGCAAAGGAGGGAAUAAAGGAAGUUCUUAAAAGCUUACAUGCAUUUUCUCUGCGACUCAAAGGAAAGUGCUAAUAACAUAAAUUCUGAUUUGAGCGCAGCCAUUUUGCUUCUUAUCCUUUAUGAUGCCACAAGUAACAAUUGAUGAUCAGUUGGGAGCUGCUUCUUUAGUUUCACUCUGUGUGUGAAUCGGAUUUCAGACUUGAUUAGUCUUCAUGCAUGUGCAUUUUAGCUUUUCUGAACUCCAAGGUUUUCACUACCCUUAGAGGUGGAUGAUUGAAAAUCGAGAGAAAUUUUUUACAUUCUUAUGAUGAAAAUGAUGUGGCUUCAGGAUGUAUCAACCCAGAUUUUUCUGCAAAAACAUUGCAAGAAUUGUAAUACUUGUUCUAGGAUAUAAGAUGCCUUUGAAAACAAAGAAUGACCACAUUUCUUUGCUAUAUACAUAAAGAAAAAUGUUGUUAGCAUUA